AUAACCUGAGUUCUGAGGAUGAGCAACAACAUUCCAGACAGGAAAAAAUAACAUUUGAAGGAUCUGCAGAAGACUUAAUUCUGAAGAAUACAACACAGCGAAAUCGGCUCAAAUGGCUGACAGACUUGAAAAAAGUAAUUCAGAAGAUAAAAGUUCUGUCAAAUACAGGGACAUAAGCAAGACAAAGUACAAAGGAAAUCCAGAGUUUAAACUUUUUCAAUACAAAGGAUUUAAGUUCAUUUCCACUGUGCAUGAAAAGGAAUACCUGGACUCAUUGGAAAACUUUGAAAUUCGGGACACUGACAUUUUGGCUGUCACUUAUCCAAAAUCUGGAACAAUAUGGAUGCAGUACAUUCUGGCAUUAAUGUACUAUGGGAAUGAUGUAAAUGGUCCUGAUGGAAAAUUAACUAUUGAUGUUGCUCCUUGGAUUGAAUCAGAGAUGGAGAGUUUAAAUUACAAUGAAAGACCAUCCCCUAGGGUUUUUGUUUCUCACUUGCCUCACUACUUGGUUCCAAAAGGCCUAAGGAAAGGAAGAGGAAAGGUUAUAUAUUUGUCAAGAAACCCAAAAGAUGUAGCAGUGUCAUUUUAUCACUUUCAUAAUUAUUCAAAAACACUGGAAAACCAAAACAGUUUUGAUGAAUUUUUUGAUAAAUUUCUCACAGGUGAAGUGUUUUGCAGCUCAUGGUUUGACCAUGUGAAAGGCUGGUUUAACAACAGCAAUGAUUUUGAUAUUCUAUUUUUGACUUACGAGGACAUGGUUAAGGACUUGCGGACUGAGAUAAUGAAAAUUUCAAAGUUUCUUGGAAGAAACUGUGAUGACAGAAAAAUAGAUGAAAUGGUACAGAAGUGCACUUUCCAAAAUAUGAAGAAUAAUAAAAAUGCUAAUUAUCAGCUUCUCCAAGAAAGCUUUCUGGACCACUCUAAAGGAAAAUUUCUUCGCAAAGGAAAAGUUGGAGACUGGAAAAACUAUUUCACAGAGGAGCAGAAUGAAACAUUUGAUAAAGUUUACCAGGAACAAAUGAAAGACUGCCCUAUAGAGUUAAUAUGGGACAUUUCUGAAUGAGAAUACCUGUAAAUCGAACUUCAAACAAACAGUUUUGUGUUGCAUUUCUAAUCAUUCAAAAGUAGACUGCUGUAUAUCAGUAAUGUGCUUCUUUUGCAGAUAACAAUAUGUAAAUAUAUCAAGAUAAAUGUGGUUCUCUCAGGAAUAAAUAUAUGGGAUUCA